GUUCAGGAGAAAAAGGCAAAAAAACAGAUGGUAUGCAUUGCUCCAAUUCACAACAUUUAGAGAAUUAAAGAGCGUCAAGAGGAAAUGGCCAGAUUUGGCAGGUAUCCGCCCUAUAAGGAAAGAAUGCUGGUAUGAAUAAUGGAGGUGGAUUUCCUCAAAUUAAUGAGGAUGGAAUGGGCAGAGUCAGAAACAAUUCUGAUUCAAAUACUACUUUAGUGUUGAAGAUACAGGGCAGACUUGAGGUCUUGAUUUCAGGUAGGUUUAGCUACCAUGAUGCAUGAGAAAGAUGAUGGUGAUGAUGAUUCACAUUGGUCUGCUGUCCAAAGACUGCCAUCAAUGAAGAGGCUAAGGACAUCACUGUUUGAUUGCAAUGAGACAGAAGAUGGUGAACAGCAGAAGGGAAAGAGGGUUGUUGAUGUAACCAAGCUCAGUGCAGUUGAAAGGAGGUUGUUCAUAGAAAGACUUAUCAAGCACAUUGAGAAUGAUAAUCUUCAGUUGUUGCAGAAACAGAAAGAGAGAACAGAUAGAGUAAAUGUGAAACUUCCUACAAUUGAGGUGAGGUAUAAUAAUCUAUGUGUGGAAGCUGAAUGUGAAGUGGUUAAAGGGAAGCCCCUACCAACACUAUGGAAUGCAACCAAAAGCUUCCUCCUUGGAAUUGCAAAGAUACCAGGAUUGGUAUCAGAGACCAAGAUUAGCAUCAUCAAAGAUGUCAGUGGUAUCAUCAAGCCUUCCAGGAUGACCCUUUUACUUGGACCGCCAGGAUGUGGGAAAACUACCUUCUUGCUAGCACUCGCAGGGAAACUAGACAAAUCUUUUAAGGUUAGCAUUGACUCUUUUAUAUUUACAUACUCUUUAUCUUCCUGUCUGGCUAUUCAAGGUCUGUUUCAUUUUCCACAGGUUGCAGGGGAGAUUUCUUACAAUGGCUUCAAAUUGGAGGAAUUUGCUCCUGGGAAAUCAUCUGCUUACAUAAGUCAGAAUGAUAUGCACAUCCCUGAGAUGACAGUGAGGGAGAUACUGGAUUUUUCUGCACGUUUUCAGGGUGUCGGUAGCAGAGCUGAAAUCAUGAAGGAAGUGAGUAGAAGAGAGAAGCUUGCAGGAAUUGUCCCUGAACCAGAUAUAGAUAUAUACAUGAAGGCAACAUCUGUAGAAGGAUUAGCGAGAAGUCUUCAAACUGACUAUGUGUUGAAGAUCAUGGGACUGGAAAUAUGUGCAGAGAUAACAGUAGGUGAUGAAAUGAGAAGAGGCAUCUCUGGAGGUCAGAAGAAAAGAUUAACUACAGGUGAAAUGAUAGUAGGACCAACAAAAGUUCUUUUCAUGGAUGAUAUAUCAACUGGAUUGGAUAGCUCCACUACAUACCAGAUUGUUAAAUGGCUACAACAAAUGGCUCAUAUUAUGGAAGAUACUAUGGUGAUCUCUCUUCUCCAGCCUGCACCUGAAACCUAUGAACUGUUUGAUGACAUUAUAUUAAUGGCAAAGGGUCAGAUUGCUUACCAUGGCCCUCGCUGUGAAAUUCUAUCUUUUUUCAAAGAAUGUGGGUUUAAAUGUCCAGAAAGAAAAGGAGAAGCAGACUUUCUCCAAGAGAUUCUCUCUGAAAAGGAUCAGAAGCAGUACUGGCACUGUCCACAAGAACACUACUCAUAUGUUCCUGUCAGUGAAUUCGCCAAUAAAUUCAAAGCACAUCAUAUUGGGCAAAGGAUAAGUGAGCGAUUAUCAGAACCAAUUCAUAAGACUCAAUCUCAUAUAGAUGCUCUAUCAUUCAGUAUAUAUUCUUUGCCUAAGAAGGAGCUCUUUAAGGCAUGCAUGGCAAGAGAAUUACUUCUCAUGAAGCGGAAUUCUAUUAUCUACAUAUUUAAACUUACCCAGCUUACAAUCACUGGAAUCAUCACCAUGAGUUUUUUCAUGCGCACGAGACCAAGUUUUGAUGUCCAACAAGCAAAUUUCUAUAUGGCCUCGCUAUUUUAUGCAAUCACAUUUCUGAUGAUCAAUGGCUUGCCAGAGAUGGCCUUCACAAUUGCAAGACUUUCAGGCUUCUAUAAGCAAAGAGAUCUUCAUUUCUAUCCUGCAUGGGCUUAUGCUAUUCCAGCUUCUAUCUUAAAGAUCCCAAUAUCGUUGAUAGAGUCCUUAGUCUGGACGUCACUCACCUACUAUGUGACUGGCUACAGCCCUGAAGCGAAGAGGUUCUUUGGCCACUUCUUAACUCUUUUCCUAGUCCAUCAAAUGGCUGUGUCUCUAUCUCGUUUCAUCGGAGCAUAUUUCCAAACAUUAGUGAGCAGUGUACUUGUAGCAAGCUUAGCAUUGAUGGUAUUCACAUUAUGCGGUGGCUUCCUUCUCCCAAAAUCUUCCAUGCCAGUUUGGUUUAAAUGGGUGUUCUGGGUUUCUCCAAUUACGUACUCAGAGAUAGCACUUUCUGUGAAUGAGUUCCUUGCCCCAAGAUGGCAAAGGAGUUCAUCUGGGAAUACGACAAUUGGGAUCCAAGUACUGUCAAGCCAUGCACUGAACUACGGCUACUCCUUUUAUUGGAUUUCUGUGGGAGCAUUGAUUGGCUAUAUUAUCUUGUUCAAUGUGGCAUUCACAUUGGCUUUAACCUUCACAAGAUCUAUUGGUAAAUCUCGUGCUGUCAUCUCUCAUGACAAGCUUUCUCAGAUGAAACAAGGUGAUAAACCUGAUGGAGCUACAGUUCAAAGAGAAGACUAUCAAAGAGGAAAGAUGGUUCUACCGGUUCAACCACUCACAGUAACUUUCCAGGAUCUGCAGUAUUAUGUCGAUACUCCACCGGAACUGAGAGAACAAGGAUAUACCAGCAAAAAACUGCAACUGCUCAACAAUUUCACCGGGGCAUUUCGGCCCGGUAUUCUAUCUGCAUUGAUGGGUGUCAGUGGAGCAGGGAAAACAACUCUCUUGGAUGUUCUAUCUGGAAGGAAAACCAGCGGUACUAUAGCAGGAGAUAUAAGAAUUGGAGGUUUUCCAAAGACACAAGAGACCUUCGCUAGAAUUUCUGGUUAUUGUGAGCAGACUGACAUACAUUCUCCGCAAAUUACUGUCAAAGAAUCAGUUAUAUACUCAGCUUGGCUGCGUUUACCACAGAAAAUUGAUUCAGAGGCAAGAACUGCAUUUGUCAAUGAAGUACUCCAAACUAUUGAACUUGAUGGAAUUAAAGAUGAACUAGUGGGAGUCCCCGGAGAAUAUGGCUUAUCAACUGAACAGCGAAAACGAUUAACAAUUGCUGUGGAACUUGUUUCUAAUCCUUCCAUUAUAUUUAUGGAUGAACCAACUUCAGGUCUUGAUGCUAGAUCAGCUGCUGUUGUCAUGCGUGCAGUGAAGAAUAUUGCUGAAACUGGAAGAACAGUUGUAUGCACUAUCCACCAACCCAGCAUUCAUAUAUUUGAGGCAUUUGAUGAGCUAAUUUUAAUGAAAGCAGGAGGAGAACUAAUAUAUUCUGGGCCAAUAGGUGAAAAUUCAAGUGAAGUUAUCAAAUACUUUGAGGGAAUUCCCGGAGUUCCAAAAAUCACUGACAACUACAACCCUGCAACAUGGAUGCUGGAAGUUACUUCCACAUCCAAUGAAACACAACUUGGUGUUGAUUUUGCCAAAAUCUACAGAGAAUCAACUCUGUACAAUGAAAAUGAAGAGCUAGUUAAAGAACUUAGCAAGCCACCACCAGGUUCAACAGAUUUGCAUUUCACUACUCGUUUCCCCAGAAAUAAUUGGGAGCAAUUCAAAGCUUGUUUAUGGAAACAACAUUUAUCCUACUGGAGAAGUCCAUCUUAUAACUUAGUCCGCAUACUUUUCGUGUUUAUCUCAGCGUUGAUACUUGCUGUUUUAUUCUGGAAGCAUGGCAAAGCAUUAAACACCGAGCAAGAUCUGUUCAACAUGCUUGGUUCACUUUACAUGUCAGUGAUUCUGACUGGUGUGAAUAGUUGCACAUCAGUGAUACCGUAUAUCAUCACUGAACGCACCGUUUUCUACCGGGAAAAAUUCGCAGGCAUGUACUCAACCGUGGCAUAUUCUUUAGCACAGGUCCUCAUUGAGUUUCCAUAUGUUAUCAUGCUAGCAUUGAUGUUCACAAUCAUCACAUAUCCAACAAUUGGCUUCUUCUGGUCACCUUACAAAUUCAUAUGGUUCUUCUACACCAUUUCCUGUGCAAUUCUCAGCUAUGUUUACCUUGGAAUGCUUCUUGUUUCAUUGACUCCAAAUUUUCAAAUAGCUUCCAUAUUCUCAUCCUUUCUCUUCCAAACUCUCAAUCUCUUCUCUGGCUUCCUUAUACCUGGCCCUGGGAUUCCAAAGUGGUGGAUGUGGGCUUACUACAUGAUGCCAACGUCAUGGAUAUUGAAAGGGGUUUUCACUUCACAGUAUGGAGAUAUAAAGCAGGAGGUCAAGGUGUUUGGAGAAACCAAAACAGUUGCUGCAUUCUUGGAAGACUUCUAUGGAUUUCAUCAAAAUCGUUUGACAAUGGUUGCAUUUGUUCUCAUUAGCUUUCCUGUCCUCUUUGCUUCUCUUUUUAUGUAUUUUAUUGGAAAAUUAGAUUUCCAAAAGAGGUGAAUUUAUCAACCAUGCUGACAAACUUCAUAUAAAUAAAAAUAAUAAUUAAAGGUUAAGGGUCAAAUAUAAA